AUGACACCACGAAACACAAACUUACCUUCGCGCCGCGACUUUCUCAGGGACAACCUCGUCGUCCACGACAAAUGCGCUAUCUGUACAGAGCCAUUUGAUACGGAACAUCAAGCAGCAUCCAUCAAGACAACGAAUUGCCAACACACGUUCGGAAUAGAAUGUCUGACCCAAUGGAUAAAAUCCGACCAGGACAACCACAACACCUGUCCCAUCUGCAGAGAACAGCUGUUCUCCAAAAUCGACAAGCCCGAAUUUGUCGAAGGAGCACGAGACAUAGUAGGCCCGCAUUAUACAAUGGCUCACCAGAUCCAGACCUGGAAGCCGGCCAAGACAUUCGUCAAGAACAUGUGGCGUGCCAUGUACAGGCUCUACGAACGAGAUCAGGUCAUUUACGACUCUGACAUUGAAGAGCAUAUCAACGCUAGGAUGGUUCCUGGUUUCUUUAUAUUCAGUGACCAUUGGCCUGGAAUCAGGGAACAAGCUCAGAGGAUGCUUAGAUUCUACUUGUACAACGUCGAGAGCGUGUUGGAAUGGCAGAUUGGAGACGAAGAAUCGGAACAUGAGGUGUCAGGUGAUGAACCAUCAGAUGAUGAGGCGUCAGAUGUUGAAGAUGGCGACGAUGAUAUGUCGAUGGCGGAUUCGGCGGAGUAA